UCUGAGUGAAUCAGAUCCAUGGAAGUGGACGUACUGAUCCGUCUGGAAGUGCGGCGAGUGCAACGAGUGGCCGACAGCACUUCCAUGGUGAGUCGGAGUGUAACCUUCUUCGUCUCGGCCAUGAACAUGGCCAUAGGUGAUGGCGGAGCCUGGUUCAGAACCACUGAACAUGAACAGACGACUGAGGAGGAGAUCGAAGCCUUGGUCGCCGAGCUGCAGCAGCGGCGCAGCGAACACCUGGGGCAGCGAAGGCAACUGCUGCAGUUCCAACAGAGCUCGGCGCAACUGAGCUCCGACUCGCAAGCGUGGGCUCGCAGUGCAGUGCGGCGCCAGGCAGAAGAGAAUGCCCAACAAGUGGAGUUGCAUGAGGAGCUCAGCGUGGCAAGGAGCCAGCUCCAACACGAUGAAGAGCUCGUGCAGGAGGUGCACCAGCACCGCCGCCACGAGGAAGCCGCCUACGUGAGCCUCCUGCGCGACUCCGCGCGCCACGCGCGGUGCGAGCGGGAGAAGUUGGUGGAGCUCCAGGCACAAAGGGCGCAGCUAGACGCGCGGCGACCGCAGCUGCAGACAGCCCUCCAGGAGGUCAACGAGCAAAGAGCUCAUGAAGCCAACGUGUGCAGCUUCCUGAAGCGGAAGACGGAAGAGUUGCAGGCAGAAGGCCAUCGGCUGCAAACGAUGCACAUGGAGUCUGGCUCCAGCUGCCACGCCACCUUGGAGCUCUACCGGCGCCAGGCCUCAGAAGAGGCGGCCGCCUUACGGCUGCGCCGCGCGCAGCAGCAGGCGAAGGUCACGGAGGAGGAGAUGGAACGGAUGGCCUUUGAGCGGAGAAUGGCCUUCCGCCGGAGAAUGGAGCAACGCAAAAAGGGCCCGAACGACGAGACGGGGGCUAUCAGCGCGGUUGCAGUACCGGCUGAGAGCACUGCCGAAACGGCGCAGCGGCAACAGGGCCACAGGGGGUCCGCGCGAGUGUUCUCUCGCGGCGCACGUGGCCGCGCGAUCGACGCACACGACGGCUCAGGAGUUGCCAAUGUCAUGGACAUCUUUCAGCAGGUGCGGACGUUGGUGGGGUUAGUGAGCAAUGCCUGGAGCUGGUCGAUGCGAACGAAUUCCACCUUUCGCCAGGUGAUGCCCGGCCUGGUCCGGGUGCACCCGGGCAUGGGCUCGGAGACCUUCAUCAUGCAGAGCUACUACCUCUCACUCAUCCUGACUAUGGACUUUCCGGGCGACCGCGAUAGCGCCUUCUGCGGGGAGCUGCAGUGGCUGCGGCGCCGGGCAGUGCGUGGCCUCGUGCGGCGCGUGGCCGCGGAGGGAGCCUCGGCGAGGGAAGCUUUGGCCAAGCUCCCCUUUUGGCCACCCUGCACCGUGCUCUUGGCCCCGAAGACGACCUUUCGCGAAGCCCUGGCCAUCGAUGGCACCUGCGUUCUGCUGGGUGGGUCGGGCACCGUGCUGGCGCCGGCGGCACGAACAGUGACCGGUGUCCCUCCACCGCUGCUCUCCUUCGCCGCGGCCGCCGCGCCCGACGCCGCGUCAUACGACGCGCCGCGGACGCUCUGCGACGUCACGGUCGAGGGCCCCGUGGAGGUGUUGGGCGCGGCGACGCUGCGGCGCUGUCGGGUGGUGCCGCCCGCGGCUGUCUGGGGGAAGGUGAGUGCUGGAGUCGCUACAAAAGGCAAAGCCCAACUACGGCUGGAGCACUGCACCUUCCAGGGCUGGAAAUCCGCUGCAGUGUGCUUUCGCGAUGACUCCGAUGUGACCUUGAAGGAGUGUCGCUUCGAGGAGAAUCCAGGCACUUGUAUCUCCGCAAGAAACGCAGCGUCCAUCACAGUCCAGCAGAGCAGCUUGACGAAGAACGGAGGACCAGUGAUUCAGCUCCGGGAUGCCACGCGCCUUCGUCUGAGUGAGAGCCGCUUGGAGUCCAACAAGGGCUGCGGCAUCUUGGUGCGGGGCCAGGCGGAAGCCUUCAUCAAGUCCAGCUGCCUGGAAGGACACAAGAUGUCAGCGGUGGCCUUUCAACAUCAAGCAAAAGGCUCCGUGCUGGAGUGCCGCUUCGAGCGCAACGACGGAGCUGUGGUCCUGGUGAACGGCUCCGCCGAGGUCACCGUGGAGUCCAACGUUUUUGAGAAGAACGGCAAGUCGCCGCCGGUCCUCGAGUUCCACGGCGCCGCAGGUCCAGUGAAGGCGAAGAUUGUGGCCAAGCGAGAGAAGGACGUGAACGGCUUGACGCACCAGCUCUCCUACAUCAGCGGAGCUGAAGGCUCUGACUGGGCCAACCUGGACGAGUCAGCGCAGAUGAUCCGCAAUCGCGCUGGGGAGACGAAUGUGCCGUACCAGAUCAAGGAGCCCAUGCGCGUUGGACAGCAACACGAUGGGGAGGGCGGCACCUUGUCAGGCGUGAACCUCCAACGUGGGAUCAAGCGCUCAGUGCUCGCGGUCAAAGACACUGCGAAGGCGACGGUGCGGUGCAACCGGAUGAAGGCCAACGAUGGCUAUGGUAUCCUGGUGAGUGAUGAAGCACAGGCCGUGAUGGAGGAGAAUGUGCUGGAAGAAUUCAAGCAUGCCGCGAUCAUGCUGGAGGGAUCUGCCAGUGGCGUCGCCCGGACGAACACGCUCAGCAACAAUGGUGGCGUGGGGAUUCAGGUUCAAGAGAAGGCCAAGGCGAUCUUGGAAAGCAACCGCAUUUUUCAGGAGAAACAGCCCUGCAUCAAGGUCCUAGGCACUUCCAAGUCCACCAUCAGGCAGAACUACCUGCUGAGCAGCGCUGCCCGCACCGCGCGGGCAGCUGCUGCGGUGUUGGCACUGGAUGAUGCGGAGGUGCUGGUCGAGGAGAAUGAGGUCGCGGCGAAGCGGCAAGUGCUACGACGCAGUGACGGCGAGGAGGUCGAGCCGGAGAGGUCGCCCAAGUCGCGCCGCCGGAACCAGCCCAGCGGAACGAUGGAGCGAAAAACGGGGCUCCGGAAUUUCGUCCGGCCGGGACUGCGGAGGCCUGGCCAAGAGGCACCGGUCACCGACGUGGCCCUGCGGACGCCCACGAAGUCCUUUGCACAGAUCAAAGUGCUCCUGAAACUCCGAUGGUUACUCCGACUUCAUUCCGCGUGCUGCGAACUGGACUAUAAGAUGUGCUCCUUGAGGAACAUCAUCCUUGGCAUGCAGUAUGUGGUCUUACAAGCCUGUGCGGAAGCGGAAUGUGAUAGUCUCUUUGACACCAAGGUGCAGCAGAACGUCGGAGCGCAUCUGCAUCUCGAGAGCGUCCUCGACGACAUCGCCGACCAGCUCUACCGUUCUCUGGGGAAGGCGCACCGCGCGUUCCUGGAGUACGUGGCCAGUUGCGAUCCCAUGCGUAGCGUCCACUUUUCUCAGAUCGACAGCCCACUGACGCCGCCCCAGGUGCAGUCGAACGAGCAGCUCGCCAUCGCGCUGGACACGACCUUCGUCUCCAACUUUCUUCGACAAAGUCAGCGCGAGACGACCUGCACCUUGCAAGAGCUCUAUGACGAUUUAGAGGCCUUGAGCAUCCCGCUCCCCGAGAUUCCACCACUGGCUGGCGCACAGAAUCUACGCGCCUGGGCCCUGGCGAAGACGAAGCCCACCCCCGAUAGCCGGCAGCGCGGCCUCGGCGAGGACAUGGUGAAACUGGCGCAGCUGGAUGCCGUGCUGCUCUGUGCGGCCGUCGAGCGCGGGUCGCCGAGUUCACUGGAGAGAACGAUGGAUCGCUUGUUUCACCCGCGGAGCUGCACGAGCGUGGCCAGUGCAAACCGUGCCCUUUCUGGGCGCUCUUUCCGCAGUCAGAGCCGAGAAACGAAGCCCAUGGAGGUGGUUCAACCCGAUGGUGGACUGGAGGAGCGGCUGAAGCCGGACCUGUCGGUGCCCAACUCACAAGGCGAAGGUGGAGAGGUGGAGACAGCUACCGCAGGUCUUCCUUCCCCCGACCAGGACCUGCCCCGGGCCGACGACCCGGAGAAGGGCGCGUGGCCUGCGGGACCAAUACCCACGCCCAGCAGCACGGCCACGCACCGGGAGACGACCGAGCCAGGUAUUGCACGUGUACAUGCCGACGAAGAGGUGCCGAAGACCAGAGCAGCACCAACAGGUGUAGGUGUUGCACACAAGGAGCGGCCAGUCAGCCAGUCGUUUGAGACAGAUGGUUGCAAGCCUGGGAAAUGA